CGGAAGUGGUUUUGUAUUGUUUUGGACUUCAACACCGUUAACCAGCCGCAUCGCUCGUUAAAGUUGGUAUUUUUCUCUCUUUGCAACGAGCGUUUCGUUAUUACGUUUUGGUUUGCAGACGAACGCCUACAGGAGCGUUUGAAGCCGUAAACCGAAGAAGCGUGUUCCCGGGAUCCCGUCAGCUAACGUUUAACGUCUCUUCGGGCAUUGUUUUGUCUUUAGAUUUCGACGCCAUCAGGGCACGUCACGUCUGUUGACGCCGAGGACGCAACGUUAGCACCUCAUCGCGACAACAUUUCAGGUCGGAUGUGUCAAAUACAUCCGACGAUACGAAAUCGAGGAAUGUGCAAAGUAAUGUCGGCUGCGAGUGUGUGAUCGUCGCGUGCCGGGAGUGCGCGAGGUGACGAUGUCUGAACCGGAAGUGGGGACGCACGGUGACCAGGGUGGACCAUCUCCUGACCCCGUGAAAUCUCCCAGUGUCGACGCUUCUGCGCCCGACCUGCUAGGUCUUCCGUCUGCUGGUCUCCCAUCAUCUGCAGACAUUAGCCCCUUCCCCUCUGCUGAGGCGAGUGGCUUGUUGUCGUUGCCGUGGGAGAUGGUCACGCAAAUUGCCUCACACCUUCCAGCUCAGUGUGUCAUCACUGUGCUGCCAAAGGUCUGCCAUGCACUGGGUAACGUGGGUAAGGACAACACUGCCUGGCAGCUUCGGGCACACAGACUGAUCGGAUCGAGACUCGGCUUCCCAGUUGGGCCCAAGGAGAACUUUGACUGGCCGUCUGCUUGCCUGGAGAUGGAGCAGCUGAUAACCUGCUGGACAGGCCAAGCGCAAGUUGGUGCCAUACAGACCAAAGAGGACGAGGAGGCAAGGGAAAAAGUGAGACUGCAGGGAAGGGCAGGGCUUUAUGAGGAGCCCCUGCCAGGAGGACAGGAGGAUGGUGGGGACGGUGAGGCAGAAGAGGUGGGAGUGGUUGCGCAGGAUGCUGCGUAUGGCGCCGACGAAGGAAUGGAUAUGGCAAUGGAAGGUGAGGAUGACGACAUGCGGCCUGUUGUAGGUGGGGACCAACUGGCAAGGUUAAGAGAGGGGUUGGAAGGAAGAGUGAGCGAUGAUGCAGAUGCCCUAAUGGAAGAAGAAAGGGACCACAUGAUGGUAUUUGGGGCUAACGAAGGGCAAGAUGGCGCUGCACAUCACCAAGCGAACCACAGGAAUCUGGGAAAUGGAAGACCAUUAGAAACGGAGCAACGUCCGCCCCUCAGAAGCCCCAGCCCGACCCCAGCGCUGGAGUGCAUCACCCUUCCUUCGGACCACAUUGCCCCGGUCAACUCAGUCCUCCUCGUUGGGGGGGAGGGGGCAGUCUGUGCCACAGGCUCUCGAGACUGGAACGUCAAACUGUGGGAUCUCCAGACGAGCGCUGGCGGCACACUGCUGCACACAUUGGGCGGGCGGGGGGACUUCAGCACUCAUCGGGGCUGGGUCUGGUGCCUGGCGUCUCAGGGCCCCCUGUUGGCUUCAGGGGGCUUCGACAGCACGGUGAGGCUGUGGGACCUUCAGGCUGGUGGGGCAGAGAGAGGCCUGAUCAAGUCCGGGGCCGCUGUCCACUGCCUGUCCUUUCAGACCGACGUAUUGCUGGCUGGAACAUUUGACAGGAAGAUCAGCAUGUAUGACACCAGAGCUGCUGAACCGCUGGUGAAAAGCCUCCGUGUCCACGGUAACGCCGUAAUGUGCCUCGCUGCGGAUGACAAGUACAUCAUCUCUGGGAGUAAAGACUGCACUGUGGUGGUCUACGACCGGAGGGCCGGCAAGGGCUUGAAGAAAAUCCGGCUGAGCUCAUAUCUGCUGUCUAUGAGCUACAGUGGCUGUGAGGUGUGGGGGGGAGACAACGGCGGCAUGCUCCACUCCUUUUCCAUGCAGGCGGGGACCUUGAAGCCUCUGUCCCAGUUUGAUGUGGGGCACACAGCUCUGGUCACCGGCAUCCACAGGUCCGCUGGAAGCCUCUACACCGGCUCGUCCGACCGCACUGUCAAGGUCCAUAUCCCUUGUGCUCCUCCGAGGACACUUUGCACGCUGCGUCACCUUGCCGGAGUUAAUGGGCUGAGUGUGGAGGCCGGAGUCCUUGCUGUAGCCCCAGGGGACGUGAACGUGGACAUCUGGCGGCCCAGAAAAUGAAAGACCCAAGGCCUGAAGCAUUUGGAAGUACACAAAAUAAAGAAUUUGCAGGGUGUCCGGCUACAUACAGACGAUGUUAGUGACAAAGAACAGAAGAGGGUGAUGCUGGAAAUGAGGACAGUUAAAUCUUUUGUGUUACAACUGGCCAAACAAAUGCUUUUAUUUUCUGCACUAGCAAACCAUUGCAUUUGUAAAUAUCCUUUACCAGUUAUUUUAUUUAGGUUGUGAUGUUGCAAAAUUCCCGGUGAAGAUUCAGGUCCUCUGUGAUGGUUCAGCAAAAAGCCCUCAAGCCUUUGUUUUUGUUUUUUAAUAUUAUGUUAGAUUCUGUUGAGAUAUUCCUUACCAAUAAUUGAACACAGUAAAUGUGUUUAAUGGUAACGUUUGUCUCAUGUUACGUACAUCGGGUUUGAAAGCGCUUGUUCCUCCUCUUUUAAUUGUUCGAACAGUGUGAAAAAUAGUUUACAGCGAUUACAUGCUCACUGCCCCUGGCUACUGACAUUGUACCUAUAAAGCAUUACUACAUGCAUGUAGUGGAAUACUUGUAUCUAAACCCUCUGUGGCACACCGAAUGUAACUAAAGCUCUUUAUUUGUGUGUGUGUGUGUGUGUGUGUGUGUGUGUGUGAGAGAGAGUUUGUGUUUGUUAAAAACCACUGACUAUGUAAUUGCUUGGAUUCAUUUAACUAUGACACACCGUACCUGACAAAUGCUUUUAUUAAAACACGUUUUUCUUUGAAAACUGGAA